GUGUGUCAACGGCCUAACUCUCUCUUUAUUCAUCAGGUGUUUUUGGUUACGGAGCCAUCUUGCAAGUUUUUGUGAAGGAGGGAGAUUCAGUAACUCUACACACUGAUGUUGAAGCAAUCCAACAAAAAGAUAUUAAAUGGUUUUUUAAUGACAUCCGAGUGGCUGAAAUCAAUGAAGAUCUCAGUUUUAUCUGCAAAGAUGUUCAGUGUGAAGAUGUUAAUGAGAGAUUCAGAGACAGACUGAAGCUGGAUAAUCAGACUGGAUCUCUGACCAUCACAAACAUCACAAACACAGACUUUGGAUUCUAUAAGGUACAGAUCAACAUCAGCAGCAGAAUCAGUGAAAAUAUCUACUUUGUUGCUGUAUAUGGUGUUCCUGCUGUUAAAUCAGAUGAAAUGUCAGUUGAGGAGGGAGAAUCUGUCACUUUAGAUCCUGGUGAAACUAAAAGCCCAAAUGAUGUGAUGACGUGGUAUUUUAAUGACAUUCUCAUCGCUGAAAUCACUGGAGAUCAGAGUAAGAUCUGUACAGAUGAUCAGUGUGAUGAGAGAUUCAGAGACAGACUGAAGCUGAAUCAUAUGACUGGAUCUCUGACCAUCACAAACACCAGAACAACAGAUUCUGGACUUUAUAAACUACAGAUCAUCAGCAGCAGUGGUGGCACCAUUGUAAAGAGAUUCAGUAUUAUUGUCGGUAGUUUUUUCAGUGUUGAUACAUGUGAAGCGCCAGUGAUGGAGGGAGAUUCAGUCACUCUACACCCUGAUGUUGAAACAAACCAACAAGGCAGAAUGAGGUGGUAUUUUAACAGUAUUUACAUAGCUGAAAUAAGUAAAGAUCUCAGUAAGAUUUGUACAGAUGUCCAGUGUGAUGGGAGAUUCAGAGACAGACUGAAGCUGGAUCAUCAGACUGGAUCUCUGACCAUCAUAAACAUCACAACCUCAGACUCUGGAGUUUAUGAACUACAGAUCAUCAACAGCAGAAUCAGUCAAAAGAAAUUCAUUGUUGCUGUAAAUGGUGAGUCAAUUUGAUUAUUAACGAGUCUUGACAAUUAACUUUUUUUCAGCAAAUCAGUGAGCUGUUGGUUUGUGUUUCAGGUGUUCCUGCUUCUGAACGAGAUAAAAUGAAGAGAAAGUCAGUGAAGGAGGGAGAAUCUGUCACUUUAGAUCCUGCUGUAAUAAAAAGCCCAAAUGAUUUAAA